AUGGUUACCAAGAAGAAUAUUGAUACUUUGGAAUCUCUUUGGAAAAACUUAAAAAACACAAAAGAUGCACCUGAUCAAAAAUGGCUUAAGAGAUGCCAAGAAAUUAUUCAUACUACGCCGAGUCGUACUUUGGUGUUUAGUGAAGUGAUGGAAAGACUUUAUAGGGUUUCCGAGAAAAUGUCCAUCCUGGGCCGUGAGGAUUUGGAAGUACCUCUCCUCGAUGCAUGCGAACUUCUCGAGCGACAGACUACUAGCCUGAAGGAAGAAUUUCUACAUUCUCAGUAUUUGGCGGUGUUACUAGAGCUUUCAAGAAAUCCUUUAGAAAUUCGUAAUGUAGGAUCCCGAAACAAAAUAGAAGACUUGCAUGCCGAAACUGAGUCGCGUUCUUUGAAUGAAGAGCUAUCUUCACUCGGUGGAGACCAUUGGGAAGAACAAGAUUGGAUGGAAAUAACCAGUGAAGAAGAAGAAGACAAAGACGAAUAUAUUGAUGAUUUAACAAUAGGCGAGACCCACUGCUCUACGUCAACUACAGACGAAAAACAAAUGGUAGACAGUGUUCAAGAAGAUGAUCCCCAUAUAUGGAAGCUUCAACCCUCAAGUGAUUCCGCUAUACCCUAUGUUAGGAAAGAAGCCAUUGCGAGUUUUAGGAAGGUGAAACCAUUCAUGUUUUUUGAUGGGAGUAGCGCUUUAGAGGAAAAGAAUAUCUCAGAAAGAUGGUUUGUGAAGGAUGUUAUUUACAUGCUGUUUGGUCUCCCUAGUUUUUUCUUUCUAACUCAUGAUGAUGGAACUGUAAAGGUUAGGCGUCAGAUACUUCCGAAAGUGAACAUACUUACUCAUGAAUCAAUGUACAGUAUACUGGAUAAUUUUGCAAGCCAUGGUUCUUGUUUGAACAACUUUCGAAAUCUCCUAAAAGAUGUAACAGAGAAGAAUGUGGGUCAUUUGAAUUUACAUAACACAUCUGAGAUUGUUAGGAAAGAGCUUGUUUUUCCCUAUUUAAAGGAACCCUUAGAAAAUUGUUUAAAAGGAUUGCAAAAACAGUUGCACAAGUUGGAGUUUGAGAUAUACUAUAUAUCGACAAAGUCGACUCUAUUCCAAGCGUAUAUGGAUUUAUCCCCUAUCAUUUUUUGUUUGAAAAACUAUUUACAGAUUUUAAACACUUCAAACACCGUUUGGGAUGUAGUGGAGAAACUUGACAUUUUGAAGCAACAGAAACAUGAGAAGGAUACUUAUAAUUAUUUAUUUAAAUCCUCAUGCACAGCGGUUAUACGAUGGUUAUAUCAGUUUGCAAAUCAUCUGCAUCUUGAGAAGAUCCCCCAAUAUGCGAAGCCAAUUGUUUCGUUAAUGAUGAAGCAGCCGAAUCUUGAGGAAGGUCACGAGGAAACACUGCAAGAAUUAGAAAGCUCUUUCAUUUAUGAAAAUGCGUUUUCUUUUGCAGAAGUAUUACUACAAUUGGAAGUAUGUUUUCAAGCAAAAAAAUCGAAUCUCCCAUUCUGGGGAAUUGAAAGAAUGGCCUCACAGGAACGUACUCCCCUCUCAGGGCUGAAUGCUUUAAUUCAAAGAUUUGAGUCUGCCAAAUGUUCGUUACUUCUCAAGCAACAAGGGAAAAUGGCAUAUGGUCAUUACGUGUUCAUUCAAACAUGUCUAAAUUAUUGUAUGUUUUUGCAUAAUGAACUUCAAAUAAUGCUGUCCGAUGCAACAAACGUGAAUAGCAACUUGAGCUUUUUCGGGACAGAAAUAAAGCCAGUUCAUAACAAUCUGAGUAUGGAAGAAAUCAUAGAACAAUUCCUUCGAGAUGUGUUUACCGAAGAUGUAGUGGAAAUUUUACGGCUUGAAGUUCUAACUUGUCAACAAGAAGUGUUUGCAAAUGUUAUGGAAAAAAGGUUCUCUACAAAUUCAGGUUCAACGUUAGAAUCAAAUAAAGUGGACGAAGAAGCAGGAAAGUUCUGUGAUAUUUUUGUGAAACUAUCCAAAGUUCUAUUGCAUCCUGAUCGACCCAUUGAUCCUGGUGCUUAUUCUUGUAGAAGGCGUUUAUCAGAAUUACUCUUACUGAUUAUCCCCGAAGUUUAA